AUGGAAAAACAAUUGUUUGGUCAGCUGGAAAUUUUGAAUUGGAAUUUUUCUCCCCGACUUCAACAUCGAGUAAACGAUACAUGGGAAUAUGGUUCAACAAAGUAUCAAUAUAGACAGUGGUAUGGAAGCUCUAAAUUGUUGUAUGUUAAUAAAAGCAAAAAUGAUGAUCUAGAUUUACUAUUAUUUGAUUUUGCCACUAUCUUGGCCGCUAACAAUAAUUUUUCUUUGAGAAACAAGAUUGCAGAGGGUGAUUUUGGACAUGUUUACAAGGUUGCGCUGAAAGAUGGGCAAGAAAAAGCAGUAAAGAGACUAUCAAGAUACUCAGCACAGGGAACUGAUGAGUUCAAGAAUGAGGUUAUCUUUAUUGCUAAACUCCACCAACGGAAUCUAGUGAAACUACUAGGUUGUUGUAUCCAAGCUGAAGAAAAAAUGUUGGUUUAUGAGUACAUGCCUAAUAAUAGCUCUUAUUGGUUCCUUUUUGAUACAGAUAGGAGGUCAUUGCUUGAUGGGCCUAAGUGCUUCCAUAUUAUUAAUGGAAUUGCUCGUGGACUUCUCUAUAUUCAUCAAGACUCAAGAUUGCGGAUAAUCCACAGAGAUCUUAAACCUAUAAAUUAUUUGCUAGACAUUAAUAUGAACCCGAAGAUAUCUGACUUUGGCAUGGCAAGAAGUUUUGGAGGAAAUGAGAUUGGAGCCAUGACAACAAGAGUGGUUGGAACAUUGUAA